GUGCAGAACAUCAGCUGUGGUGUGUCGGAGAGUGAUAAACUUCUCUCACUCCUCCUCCCCUGCUUUCUUUCUCCCCAAUCCCCCCUCGAUACCUCUUUAUGUAACUUCUCUGAGGAGAAGCCGCAGCCACCGGUGCCUCCAUCGACAGGCAGGUACUGGCUUGUGUUUGUUAGUGUUUUUUUUUGUUGCUCUGGUCUGUCCGGACGCUUUCAGGAGGGUUUCCUGCCCGUUUCGUUCAGGACAUCGGGUGCAACUGGAGUGACUCCACCAAGUUUCCCUCCUAUUCGGCCUGAGGAAUGAGAGGACUGCCGCUGUGAGAGGAAGAGCCGAAACUCGCAUGUUUGAAUGAACAAAAGAACAGAAAGCGAGGGUAUUGCCGCCGAAAUGGAGGAAAGUACUCUGCCAGGAGCAACAUCUCCCCAAUCAGCUCUGAACCCAAACCCUACAAGGCCUGACCCGGAGGGGGAGAGUAGCCCCCCGAAGACAGACACCACCGAGAGAAUGGAGUCUCCAGCUAAGAAAGAAACAGAUCGGAGAUUGACCACCCCCACAAAAUCUGACGUCAUCCCUCGAUCACCUGGCUCACCUGCAUCACCUGUCCCCAGGUUGAAAAGUGGUAAAGACAUCAUGAAGUCCGAGGAGAGGCAGAAGCUUGCCAAGGAGCGCAGAGAGGAAAAGGCCAAAUAUAUUGAAGAGCUCAGCAUGUUACAAGCUGCUAAAAAGACCCAGUGGCUGGAGAAGGAGGAGAAGGCACGACAGCUGAGGGAGCAGCAGCUGGAGGAGCGCCGCAGGAAGCUCGAGCAACAGCGGACCAAAGCGGAAAAACGGCGAGCCGCUCUGGAGGAGAGACAGAAACAGAAAUUGGAGAAGAAUAAGGAGCGCUAUGAGGCAGCCAUUCACAGGUCAACCAAGAAGACGUGGGCAGAAAUCCGCCAACAAAGAUGGUCCUGGGCUGGUGCGCUAAGCCAGAACUCCAGCCAGAAAGAAGGCAGAUGCUCUGUGUCAACGGUCAACCUGCCCAAACACGUGGACUCUGUUAUAAACAAGCGACUGUCCAAGUCCUCCGCCACGCUCUGGAACUCCCCCAGCAGAACCCGUAGCCUUGCACUGAGUCCAUGGGAGAGCAGUAUAGUCGACCGCCUGAUGACGCCAACGCUGUCUUUCCUCGCUAGGAGUCGCAGCGCUGCCAGCGUCCUCACCAAUGGCAAAGAUAGUAACUCUCCUCUCUGCCCCCGUUCGGCCUCAGCCAGUCCCCUCACCUUGUGCGCCCACCAGCCCCACCAUCGCUGCUCCGACCGCUGGAGAGUGACAUCCAGCACACCCGACAUCUCCCAGCGCCACAACAGACGGAGCUCCACACCCAUGGAUAAAAACAAGAAAGAAAAGAAAGACAAGGAACGGGAGAAUGAGAAGGAGAAAAGUGCUCUCACUAAAGAGAAGGUGCUUAAGAAGAGACAGUCUCUCCCCAGCAUGAAACACAGACCUGAUCCAAGUCCCAGUCCUUUAUCAAGACAACGGCCGUCAUCCCCAGCCACUCCUAAGGGCAGAACUGCCUCCCCCAGCCCUGCUGCCUCCCCUAAUCCUCCAUCCACACGUGGAAGCCCGUCGACUCCUAAAGGUCGGCCCAAAAGAGCCAGGACCCCUGCCAGGAUAGACCACCGCACCUCUUCCCCCAUCCCUCUCGAAAGAGUGAAGGUGCCUCAUAGGCCCGCAACUCCCGAACAGAGAAAGAGUUCCCCUGUGGUUUCUUCCAUCAUGGUAGCCUCAGCUGCUGCCUCACCUCAUGCGUCGAGCACGGCAGUUACAACCACUGCAGCCUCCUCGUCUCCUGAGCCGGUCCAUUCGGGUCCUUCUGUUCCUGCGUCAUCACCGUCACCCUCUCCAUCAGCCAGGCCUAUGGCAGGCACCAACGACCAAGGGGAGGCGGUUCGCAUCCUGGCAGAGAAACGCCGGCAGGCCCGAGAGCAGAGGGAGAGGGACGAGCAGGAGCGCCGCGAACAGGAGGAGAAGGAGAGGAUCCUGAGAGAAGAGCGAAUAGUGAAGGAGGCAGAGGAGAGGCGCCUUAGGGAGGAGGAGGCCCGCGCCAUGGCCGAGGAGCAGCGGAGGAGGGACGAAGCUCAGCGCCUGCAGGACGAGAAGGAGGCUCAGGAGAGAGCCAAAGCUGAGCAGGAGGAAAACCUACGCCUGCAAAAACAGAAAGAAGAGGCUGAGGCUAAAGCCCGGGAGGAGGCGGAGAAGCAGCGUCUGGAGAGGGAGAAACACUUCCAGAAGGAGGAGCAGGAGAGGCUGGAGAGGAAAAGGCGUCUGGACGAGAUCAUGAAGAGGACGCGCAAGACAGAUGGAGGCGACAAGAAAGAGACAAAAUCCUCCCCUCUCACAAACGUCAAUGACAAAGAGGCAGAGAGCAGCAAAGCAUCUGCUGAAUAUCAGCCAAAGUCAGAGGUCAACCUGCCCAACAACAAGACAGAAAAUGGACAGACCAACGUCAAAGAAAGCAGCCCCUCAGCCCAAUUGGUCAAUGGGGUCCAGCCUACGAGACAUGAAAACGGUCUCCCCACUAAAGGAGACACUGCCCACUUUGGAGAUAUCAUCCAUCUCGCGAAUCACGGCAACACCACCAACGGAGCACGGGACAAGUCUGAGACCAGCAUGGCCACCGAGCCGAUCCUCGUGUUUGACAGUGACGAGUCAUUCAUGAAAAAGGCAGGCCCCAUGAAGCCUCAGCAUGUUGCAGAGGUCCUGUGACAUGUUCCAGUGUUUAAGUGCUCGUCGCCUUAGGCCACUGACCUUUCCUCCGCCCUGCCAACGCUCGCGUGGGGGAGCCCUGUGCCCUGUGCCAACCUUUUUUCUAAGCCCCUAAAGGCAAACUACCUAAACGCAUACUUCUUUCUGAAGACGAAGCGGGCCACAGAAGAUGACGACCAAGCAUCAGGACGCAAAAGACAAAACGGGAUGAAAGGUGUUGCUGCAUGCAACACAGGUGCAUCAGUGUUAACAUUUGUUAAAGAUCUUUGCGGCACCGAUUCUACGCACCUUUAUACAGCGUCAUCCUAUGUACAUUACAGUACAGCGGAGUAAUUAUUACAAUAAGCUGAAGUGUUUGUUGUUUUGUUCUUUAGUUAUUUAACUGAAAGAGAAAUAUAAGACUGGGUACAUUAUUGUGAAUAAUGUAAAUUAACUUUGUGUGACGGACAAAGGAGGGAUGGGUCUAUGGAUUAACCUUGUAUAAAAGGAAGUCGUUUUAUGCUACUCUGCUCCGAGUAGACCCUCUAAGUGAAACCCAGGUAUUAUACAUCCUGGCCUGUAUAAAGCUACCUGUAACAAUUUUUGUAAAGUUAAAUUGAGAAAUCUGGAAAGAGAUUUGAAAUGCAAGUUCACAUGCAACAGCGUGUUACUGUGUGUGAUACUGUGUGUAAUACUGUCUGUUCAAAAUGCUAUGAUUGAUUGUACGCAGAACUGGAUGUAAAAGUGAGUGCAACCUCUACAAUCAAAAAAACAGAAAUCAUUUAUGGUCAAAUCUCUUUUUACUGGGAUUUACUCCACUAUUAAACAGUUAAAGCUGCUGUUUUUCUCAUGUGCAAGCAUGACAAAGUUUUCCCUCAUUUGCAUUGAGAUUCCAUGGACUCAUAUGUAUCUGAAAUGCUGGUGUGUGUAUCUGCUAUAAUUAUUUUGAUGUGCGUAACAAGGUCAGUGGGAGCAUCUUAAGUCUUAUUAAAGACCAGCUGUCCAGUC